CCCUCAAGCUGUGUACUUUUCACUUUCCUCUGGGCAUCAAAGAAGGGAGUCAGAUUGUCUUUCAAUAGUCAACAUCCAAAGAAAUUCACACCAUUAUGGUUCAGUCCAGAAUGGAACGCAGAGAGGUGACAAGUUUGAUGAGGUACUACACCAUCACCACUGGCAAUACUAUGGAUUCUCAUAAUCAGUUUAUGAGACAACUUGGAGGAGGCUUCACUGAAGUGUUGUCACCAGCGCAGAGUGAUGUCAUCAUGGCUUUCUGUCCCAUCGUCUCUCGUGCUGGUACUGAUAUUGAGGCAGCACUGCAGCAGAUUCCAGAGGGUAAAGAUGUCAUUCUGGUAGUCCUGCAUCACUAUUAUAACCCAGAGUGCACUGUACCUGACAGCAGCAGACUAGUGACCAGAAGUGAUGUAAUACUCACAGUGGACUGUCUGUUCCAUGAGAGUAAGGGAGGACUACUGAACUGUCCUCGCAACAAAGCAGCAGUUGGUAAAAUUCGGAACCGGCUGAACAUGAAGCCAAAGGUGAUAGAUGCCAUCGUGGACAUCCCUGAUCACAGAAACAGGCCAAUGGUGUGUUCCUGUGUCCUUGAUUGCAUCUGGGCAGUCAGGCGUUGUUGCCAGAGAUCACCAUUUGCAUGUGUUGUUGGGCUCAUUAUGUUUAUUGCUCUUUUCUGUUUGGUGGUAUUUUUGAUUGUUUCUUUCUGGAAACAAUGAGGUUUAUCAUAAUAACCCAAUGGAAAUAGAGCAAGUAGGUCUAAACAGCAACAGAGGAAUAAACUGUAGAAAUUACACAGACAACACAGAUAAACUGAUUUAAAUAUACAUUAAAAAUAAUGAAUAAAGCCUAAUAAAGCACCUACUCUACAUACAUCUAUCUAUCUAUCUAUCUAUCUAUCUAUCUAUCUAUCUAUCUAUCUAUCUAUCUAUCUAUCUAUCUAUCUAUCUAUCUAUCUAUCUAUCUAUCAGGAUAGUAUAUUAGUUUAAGAUGGCAUGAUGCUCAUGUAAUAUUGUAGGACUACUCUGAUAGUAUAUUCUGUGUUGUCACUUUGUUCUGCUUUGACUGCCCUUCUUUUAAAUAUUAAAGUCAUUGAAUUUCA